GUGAGAUUCAAGUGAGGAUGAGGACAAUUGUUACAGCAGCCACUAUGCUACGCAGCACGAUCUGCUCAGAGAGUUGGGUAUCAUGGAGUGCAACCAGGGGGAAGAAGAGAGCAGAAAGAGACUCAUUCUGGACUUAACCAGAAAUAAUUUUCCUGAUUGGUGGAGUAAGCAAAGGCAACCGGCUUUUGGUGCUUGUUUAGUGUCCAUCUCCACAGAUGGAACAUUCUCAACACCUUGGCCAGAUCUUCAAUUACCUGAAGCUGAGGCUCUUGUCUUGAACUUCGAGACCGGCCAAAAAACUUAUGCUUUGCCGGAAUUCAUUGAGAAAGUAGAUAAGCUCAAAGCCCUAAUAGUAACAAACUAUAGUUUUUUCCAGCUGAGCUAUGCAAUUUCCAUGUCGUUGGAUCUAGUUUAAGGAGGAUCAGGCUUGAACGCA